CCUAACAUAAAACCACCUACAUCCAUCUACCCACGUACCCACCAAGAAACCAUGGCUACCAACGCAACCACAUACCCAGUCAUCGUGCUCAUCCACGGCAGCUGGCACUUCCCAUCGCACUACUCAACCUUCACGACGCAGCUCCGCGAGCGGGGACACGAAGUCCACGCCCCGCGGCUCCCGACGAUGAACGGCGCACGACCGCCGACGGCCGACCUCGAGACGGACAGUGAUUUCAUCCGCGCGUACGUGGAGGGCCUCGUCAGCGCCGGCCGCGAGGUGAUCGUGCUCAUGCACUCCUACGGCGGGCAGGUAGGCACCAACGCCCUCGCGGGGCUGGGGCGGCCCACGCGGCAGGCCCAGGGCCUGGCCGGCGGGGUCGUGCAUUUGGUGUAUAUCAACGCGUUCGCGGUGGUCGAAGGCACGUCGAUGGCGGACGUGGUCGAGGCGCACGGCAACAGCGAUCUGAUGCCGCUGGCCUUCGACUUCGCCAAGGACCAGACGGUCAUGAGCCGCGACUUUAAGAAGCUGAUCGUCGGGCCCGGCAGGCCCGACGACGAGACCGACGCCUACAUCGCCGCGUUCCGGCCCCACAAUGGCAAGGCCUGGUAUGAUAAGAUCCAGCACUGCGCGUGGCGUGAGGUGCCCCGGAUCACGUAUAUCCAGACGACGUUGGAUAUGAAUGUGCCGAUUCACUACCAGAAGAAGAUGGUCGAGACGCUAGAGAAGGAGGGGAAACAAGUGACUGCUUGCGAGCUGGAGACUGGCCAUUGUCCUACCUUCACAAUGCCGGAGGAGGUCGCGAAGAUUGUGCAUGAGUUGGCGGUUGAGAAUUGAGCGCUCAGCUGGUUGGUUGGGUUGGUUGGAUGUUUGGGGAUUGGGCUCGUUGGGGUUGGUCUGGCGGUAUAUAUGGUACAUCGAUCGGGACAUGCGUUAGUUAUCCUGGCGAAAGUGAAAGCGACCAACUGCCCCGCAGCUGAAUGUUGGGACCUGCAUGUAACUGAACCCAUGCUACUUCGGUAGCCACAUUCAACAAUUGGCUAAUUCCCCAGUCCUAGUUCUGUGGUUACUUUGCGGCGUGUACAACUCACAUUAGCGCUUACUAUGAUAUGGCCGGU